CACACACACACAAACACACAGACGUUAAGAAACGCACACUCAAAGCAGACACGGGCAGACGGCGCAGGCAGACAAACGCGAGAACACACGCGCGCACGCACACACAUCCGCACGCUACACGCAUACACGGGGACAGCGCCGGGCAGCCGAGCAAAGCAUCAGGGGGACAGCUUAAGGCAACCGGAGAGGGAUCUCGGCAGGAGAAGACAAGAGCUGAAGACAAGAGGAGGAGGCACCUUGUGGAUCAGAAAGGAUUUUGAUCCCUCUUUCUUUCUCCGGCUUCCCCCCCCCCCCCCCACCCCCCUGUGCAGUGUAGUAGAGUGAACAGUGUCCUGAUAAGGUUCAAAUCUUUGCCUUUCAGCGGAAAGGAGUUGAGCUGCUGCCUGCCUGUGUGCUUUAUUAUUUUAUUCUUCUUAUUUCAUGUCUUGGAUGCUUUAAAAAGCUGUGCUGGGGCAUUCCAGGAUUUAUCCGCGUUAUCUCCCUCUGGAGCUCUGAAACAAAAGACCAAAGAGAGAGAGAGAGAGUGUGUGUAAAAGCGAGCAAGAGAGAGAGAGAGAGAGCCAGACGCAGGUUCACUGCCGGACCACCCUCGUCUCUGCUUCUCCUCCUCCUCCUCCUCCUCCUCCUCCUCAGCUCUCUUCCUUCUCCGCUCCUCUCACUCGCUCACAGUCCACAGUCUGCGUGCUGCGAGUUCGCCGAUCGUGGAUCCAGCGGAGGGCUUCCACGGGGGUCUGAGAGGAAGAGAACAGAAGAACACAAAUUGGUAUUAUCCGUCUCAGACUGCAGCCAAGUUGUUCGUCUGGCGCGAGCGGGGGACUCAUCUCGUGUGAUCGAGGCAGACGGGAGCGCACAGGAGAAGAAGGGACGCAGUCGGAGAGAGGGAGAGAGGAGAAGGAGGAAUAGGAAGAAAGGAAUAGAAAGUGUGACGGUGGGAGAGAGGCAUUGAGGGGCAUGUUCCGAGCAGCGCAACAGAACAGUCAGGAGUGAGUGUGAAUAUCUUUUGGGGGGGGUGAGCGACAACAAACGCGCCGAGCAAAGGAGAAACAGCAGGGGUCCUGUCCGUCCUUCUAUCAGUCCCCUCUUCGUCUUCUCCCCCCUUUUCCUCCCCCCACCCCUCCUCGUUUACCACGCCUCCCCCUCCCUCUCUGAGAUUCCCCCGGCGUCUUCCACUGUCACUUCAACCCCUCUAUCCCCGGUCCAUCUCCUGGCACCUCCUUCCACCAUCUCCCUAAUCGCCGGCAUCUCUCGUCGCUCGUUACCUCCCUUCCCUCGCUACCGCUCGGAUCCUUCCCCCCCUCCAUCCCCUACCAGCAGAAAAGAGGAGGGGGUCAACUCUCUCCCCCCCCCCCCCCCCUACAACCCCUCCAACCCACACUCUGAGAUCUCCACAUCAGAAGGACAGACUUUAUCGCAUCCGUCCAAAGAUCUCGACGAACGAUCUGGAGCCUGAGUGACAAGUGAUCGCGCCGCCGCCACUGCGUCUGUCCCUCCGUGCUUCCUUCCGUCCGUCCGUCCGUCCGUCUGUCCCUCCUUCCAUCCGGUGGAGAGUUUGGCUUUUAGGGAACGAGCAGAGCCAGUCGGUCGUCCCUCGCUGGAAGUAUCGGGGCCGGUCCCUCGCCCAGCAGCAGCACGGCGCCCCCUCUCUUGCCAGGGUCUCUCGCACCCUACGCCUUCAGGGACUUUGAGGCGGAUUCCAGCUACAUGGGAAAACGCUUGGAGCAGCAGCCAAUGUACCCCCAGUACACCUACUACUACCCCCAUUAUCUCCACACCAAGCAGUCCUAUGCUCCCCCCCCUGUGCCCAUGGCGCCGCCCAGCCCUGGCACCACGGGCCUGGGAGGGGGCCAUGGCGGCGGUCUGGCGGAGCAGCUCAGCAAGACCAACCUGUACAUCCGAGGGCUGCCCCCGACCACCUCCGACCAGGACCUCAUCAAGCUCUGUCAGCCCUACGGGAAAAUCGUGUCAACAAAGGCCAUCUUGGAUAAGAACACGAAUCAGUGCAAAGGCUACGGCUUCGUGGACUUUGACAGCCCUGCGGCGGCCCAGAAGGCCGUAGCUUCCCUGAAAGCCAGCGGGGUUCAGGCGCAGAUGGCCAAGCAACAGGAGCAGGACCCCACCAACCUGUACAUCUCCAACCUGCCCGUGUCCAUGGACGAGCAGGAGCUGGAGAACAUGCUGAAGCCCUUCGGCCACGUCAUCUCCACUCGCAUCCUGAGGGACGCCAACGGCCAGAGCAGAGGCGUGGGGUUCGCCCGAAUGGAGUCGACAGAGAAGUGUGAUGUGGUGAUUCAAAAUUUCAACGGAAAGUUCCUCAAAACACCACCAGGCAUGACAGCCCCGGCGGAGCCAUUGCUCUGUAAAUUUGCUGAUGGAGGCCAGAAGAAGAGGCAGACCCAGAUCAAGUACCCUCAGAAUGGCCGAUCAUGGGCCCGGGAAGGAGAGACUGGCAUGGCCUUGACGUAUGAUCCAACUGCCAUGCAGAACGGGUUCUACUCCUCGCCGUACAGCAUCUCUACCAAUCGGAUGAUCGCACAGACGUCCAUCACACCCUUCAUCGCUGCCUCUCCUGUUUCCACGUAUCAGGUGCAGAGCACAUCCUGGAUGCCUCACCAGCAGUAUGUCAUGCAACCAACUGGUGCUGUGAUCGCCCCGUCGGCCGCCCUUGACUCCAGUCUGUCCCUGCAGCCCUCCAGCCUCAUGGCACCCCUCACCCAGCAGAUGAGCCACCUCUCCAUGGGUACCUCCGGCACCUACAUGACGGCCGCAGCUGCUGCUCCUAUGCAAGGAACCUACAUCCCCCAGUACACUGCCGUGCCCGCCACCGCCAUCUCUGUGGAGGGCAUGGUGACGGAAGCCUCUCCGCAGACAGCGCCCCAGUCCUCGCAGGACGGCGCCGGGCAGCAGGCACUGGCGGUGGACGGCGGCGGGGAGCACGCGGCCUACGUCUACCAACAGACCAAGUGA